GUAAGGAGUAAGGACAGGGUCGUAAAUUCCUGCGAGAUGGAGUCCUGACUUUUGAAUCAUUUAAUUACACUACUUAAAUAUUUUUAUCGAAGAUCCAACUUUGCCAUCCAGAAAUCUCUACCCCAGCGCAGCGAGCGAGCGACGACCCAAACGAAGAAGAAAAGAAAACCGAAUCCAAGUAGGAAAGAAAAGGUUGAGUGGGAUUCUGGAGAGGCCUCAGAGGACACACCCAGAAGAGCGUGCGAAGGCGCCAAACGGGAUUGCGAGGACUUAAGAGAAAAAGAGGAGGUGGAGAAAGACUGGUCUGCACUUUUGUAGGCAUUCAUGGCGGAGGAUAAAAAGGAGGCGACAUCCAGCGGCGACGAGAGCGUCAAGUUGUUUGUAGGUCAAGUCCCCAAGCACAUGACGGAAGCUCAGCUUCUCGCAAUGUUCAAAGAGUUCGCCUUGGUAGACGAGGUCAACAUCAUCAAAGACAAGACUACGCGCGCUUCCAGAGGGUGUUGUUUCGUGCUUUGUCCAUCCAGGCACGAAGCAGAUAAGGCGGUCAGUGCGUGUCAUAAUAAGAAAACCUUGCCCGGGUGUCAUGAUCCAUCAGUUAUGUGGAGUAGCAGGCACAACGGGUUGACUGCCGUGAUGAGCUUGCAAAAGUGGAUAAAUCUUCAAAAGUUUUGGCAUACUGUCUAUUCUAGUAUGUCAAGCACAGUCAAUAAGGAUGAAUCUUAUGAAACUUGCACUUUAGAUAAUCUAGAGGCAUCUAGUCCAUUGCAAGUGAAAUACGCAGAUGGCGAGUUGGAACGUUUAGAACACAAGCUCUUUGUUGGCAUGCUACCUAAAAAUGUAUCUGAAGCUGACUUAUCCGAUUUGUUCUCCAAGUAUGGCUCAAUCAAGGACUUACAAAUUCUAAGGGGUUCACAGCAAACUAGCAAAGGUUGUGCUUUUUUGAAGUAUGAGACAAAAGUUCAAGCCCUUGCGGCGCUCGAAGCUAUCAAUGGAAAACAUAAAAUGGAGGGUUCAAAUGUUCCUCUGGUUGUCAAAUGGGCAGAUACAGAGAAGGAAAGGCAAGCCAGGAGAGCUCAGAAAGCACAAUCUCAGGCAUCUAAUAUACCAAAUGCUGACUUACAGCAUCCUUCCUUGGUUGGAGCCUUGCCAAUGGGAUAUGUUCCCCCUUACAAUGGCUAUGGUUACCAAGGCCCUGGAUCAUAUGGAAUCAUGCCAUACCGGUUGCCACCUAUGCAGAAUCAACCUGGUUUCCAUGGCAUGAUUUCCCCCAUCAAUCAAGGAAACGCGUUGCGCGGUGGAAUCAGACCUGACCUUUCACCCAAUAUGGGCCCUAGAAAUUAUGGUGUUCCUCCAGCGAGUUAUGUGGGCUCGGCUUUCCACCCUGCAGUCCCGGGCGUUCAGUACUCUAUGACUUAUCCAGGAGGGAUGAUGAGUCAUCGACCAGUAGGUAGUUCACCUAGUUCAGCAUCUCAUCAAGUUGGGAGCAGCAGUAGUCCUGGAUCCUCUUCGGGUGUCACCAUAAGUUCGGGGUCUCAGGUUGAAGGUCCACCUGGUGCUAACUUGUUCAUAUACCACAUACCACAAGAAUUUGGAGAUCAAGAGCUUGCUAAUACUUUCGAAGCAUUUGGCAAGGUGUUGAGUGCAAAGGUUUUUGUUGACAAAGCAACUGGUGUCAGCAAAUGUUUCGGUUUUGUUAGUUAUGACUCGCCAGCUGUAGCUCAAGCUGCAAUUGGUGUAAUGAAUGGAUACCAGUUAGGUGGUAAGAAAUUGAAGGUUCAGCUGAAAAGAGACAACAACAGACAGAGCAAACCUUACUGAUAAGAAAUAAGCGGUGAGUUAUGGAAGCAAAGCGAGAAAUGGGAGUGAUGGACUCACGAUGCUGUGGGGCUGGAUUUUGAGCUGUCGAUAUCUGCUGCAUUCAUGCAAAAUCCUUGUAAUUUGGGUUGAAGCUCCCCCCAUCUUGUAAUUCAUGGUGCAAUUCUGGCACCAGGCACACAACUGAUGUAAGUUGAGGCAAUGCCUUCAACCAUAUGUUGUCAAAGCGAUGAAAAAAGAUAUCCUGAAAGAAUCAGAGUGAAUGUUAAGA